AUGUCUUCGAAAGAACUCAAAUUCGCUGUCUCCGGGUCUAUCGUCGCCAAAUCGACCCAAUUGUCUCAAACCCGCGAGCUCCUCGUAGGUGGCAAGACCUACGUCGACGCUGAGCCGGGCACGCUGCACUGGUUUAGCUUCGAGAUCGAGGCGAAGGCUGGCGAGCCUGCGCGCUUUGGGGUCUUCAACGGCUUCGCCACCGAGGCCGAUCGCGAUGUACACCAGGCGGGCGGUCUCGCGAGGGCGGCGGCGGCGAACGGCGACGCGCUCUUCGAGGGUCCUGCGGUGAUAGAGAAGGUCGAUCUACUGGCGUCCAAAGUCACGCCGGAUGCGAAGGCGGGAAUCAAGUUCGGCGUCAGAGUGAAGCUCACCGCGAAGCCGGAACACGCAGGCGACGUCAAGGCUGCACUGCUGCGUCUUGAACAGGAUGUAGCUCGUGAAGCCGGUACGCCCUACUGGUACGCUGUCGCUUGGCCGGGCACUAGCACCUUCGGUGUCUUCAGCGUCUUCUACGACGAGGGAAGCAGGCAGGCUUACAUGUUGGGAUCCGCUGUGAAGAAGUUCAUCGCCGCGACAGAGGGCAGUGUUACUAGCGCCGCUGAGAUUGACGUGCUUGAGGUGCUGGCGACGAAGAUCGUUGCUUGA